AUGGCCGAGAAGCGGAGGGGCUCGCCGUUCAGCAUGCUAAGCCUCAAGGCACACGCCUUCUCAGUGGAGGCGCUGAUCGGCGCCGAGAAGCAGCAGCAGCUACAGAAGAAGCGGAGAAAGCUAGGCGCGGAAGAGGCAGCCGGGGCCGCGGACGACGGAGGCUGUAGUCGCGGCGGCGGUAGCGCGGAAGAAAAGGGUUCCUCUAUGAGAGACGAAGGCACUGCGCUCUCGCCGCAGCCUGGGGCGGUAUCCGGGCCGGCCCGGAGCAAUGCGGACCUGGAGCGGAGCUGUGGAUCCGGCGGAGCAGCUGGCGGCUGUGAGGACCGCUUCCUGCAGGGCACGUCUCCACAGGCGUCCCCUGGGGGCUCACCGAAGGGGUCUCCAGCACCUGCCCUGGCCCGGCCUGGGACCCCGCUGCCCUCGCCACAGGCACCGCGGGUGGAUCUUCAAGGAGCCGAGCUCUGGAAGCGCUUCCAUGAGAUUGGCACAGAGAUGAUCAUCACCAAGGCCGGCAGACGCAUGUUUCCAGCAAUGAGAGUGAAGAUCUCAGGAUUAGACCCUCACCAACAAUACUACAUUGCCAUGGAUAUUGUGCCAGUGGACAACAAAAGAUACAGGUAUGUUUACCACAGCUCUAAAUGGAUGGUGGCAGGUAACGCUGACUCUCCUGUGCCACCUCGGGUGUACAUUCAUCCGGACUCACCUGCCUCAGGGGAGACUUGGAUGAGACAAGUGAUUAGCUUCGACAAACUGAAGCUCACCAACAAUGAACUGGAUGAUCAAGGCCAUAUAAUUCUUCACUCUAUGCACAAAUACCAACCGCGAGUGCACGUCAUCCGUAAAGACUGUGGAGAUGAUCUUUCUCCCAUCAAGCCUGUACCAUCCGGAGAAGGAGUGAAGGCAUUCUCCUUUCCAGAAACUGUCUUUACAACCGUCACUGCCUAUCAGAAUCAGCAGAUUACUCGCCUAAAGAUAGAUAGAAAUCCCUUUGCCAAAGGUUUCCGAGACUCCGGGCGUAACAGAAUGGGAUUGGAAGCCUUGGUGGAGUCAUAUGCAUUCUGGCGACCUUCACUACGGACUCUUACCUUUGAAGAUAUCCCCGGAAUCCCCAAACAAGGAAAUACAAGUUCCUCCACCUUACUCCAGAGUUCUGGGAGCGGUGUUCCUGCCACCCACCCUCAUCUUCUGUCUGGCUCCCCUUGCUCCUCUCCUGCCUUCCAUCUGGGGCCCAAUACCAGCCAGUUGUGUAGUCUGGCCCCAGCUGACUACUCUACCUGUGCUCGCUCAAGCCUGACCCUCAAUCGGUACAGCACAUCCUUGGCUGAAACCUACAACAGGCUCACCAGCCAGACGAGCGAGACCUUUGCCCCACCCAGGACUCCUUCUUAUGUGGGUGUAAGCAGCAGUGCCUCCGUGAACAUGGCCAUGGGUGGCAGUGAUGGGGACACCUUCAGCUGUCCACAGACCAGCUUGUCCAUGCAGAUUUCGGGGAUGUCCCCCCAGCUCCAGUAUAUCAUGCCCUCACCAUCCAGCAAUGCCUUUGCUACUAACCAGACCCACCAGGGUUCCUAUAACACAUUCAGGUUACACAGCCCCUGUGCCUUAUAUGGAUAUAACUUUUCCACAUCCCCCAAACUGGCUGCCAGUCCUGAGAAAAUUGUUUCUUCCCAAGGAAGUUUCUUGGGGUCCUCACCGAGCGGAACCAUGACCGAUCGGCAGAUGUUACCCCCUGUGGAAGGAGUGCACUUGCUUAGCAGUGGGGGUCAGCAGAAUUUCUUUGACUCGAGGACCCUAGGAAGCUUAACUCUGUCAUCAUCUCAAGUGUCUGCACAUAUGGUCUGA